AUGGAGGUUUGUCAUUUCCUCUUCCUCGCUUUCUUCUCGAGGUGCUCGUGGAGCUUGGGAUGGCUUUUGCCCAUAUGGCGCCUAUUUAUGGCGCUAUUUCUUGGCUUCGUGGAUCGAGCCAGGGAGGAGGGUCUCAGGUUCGGUUUUGAAGAAUUGAAACAACAGUUUUGUAUUAAGGGGAAGAAUGGCUUCCCAGGAACAAUGAUUCUUGCCCCUCGGCCUGGCCGUUCUGUUCUAGACGGUAUUCCUAAUAGGGAUGACCGGUGGAGGGAGAAAUUUUUCGUUUUUAAGAUUAAUCCAGCCUCGGUCGGUGACUUCGACUUUGGGACGAUCCCUAGGGUCUGGUCCAAUGAGAUUGAGCCAUUCGGUUCUGCGCCUAUGACUCCCGAGCUUCGGGGGUUAAUUGCCACUUUGAGGCGAGGUAACCCUCGAUGGCUCGUGUUCACCGUAGAUCGAAUUAAAGCUGCUUACGCCCUUCCGUCGGGCGAGAACCGUGCUACUCCUAUCGGUUCAGUGGUACAUGUUCGACCCCGGAGAGGUUGUCGCGAUAAGAGGGCGAGGGAGAAGGAGGCGCUGCCCAACCGUCCUGAUGAGUCUUCUGAAGUCGGGUCACUGCAGCGAGCUCAGAAAACUCGGCAUGGCGAAGGUACUUCGCAAGUUGACCCGAGCGCUCGUAUUCCGGAUGCGCAGGAGACCUUUUCGUGGAUAUUUUCGUAUGACGAUGAGGUACCGAUCCUCAAGUACCCCGAACGUCUUGCUCUGAUUUGGCGCAAAAUAAGAGAGAAGGGGUGCGAGCUUCCUCCUCUAGAUGAUAUGCGUGAGCGUGAUGCUUACGUGCAGAUGGCGGUCACGAAUGAUAAGGCUAUGGAGGCGAGUAAUGAAUACGCCGCUUUGAUGGAGAAGCGCUCAGCUGAUAUUCCGUGUAAAGAGGAGGUCGGGGGUCAUCUUCUUAUGAUUCAACAGCUCCGAGGUGAGUUGGAGAUCGUUCGAGUAAUAGAGAAGCAGCGCGAGGUCGAGGUCGAGGGGCUGAAGGGGAAGUUGUUUGCUACUGAGGCGGAGAAGGUCGCUCUUCAGACUGAUCUCGACUCGAUGGAGGAAAAGCAUAGACGGGAGAUUGAGGGUUGCAAGGAUAAGCUCCGGAAGAAAAAGGAAGAGACGGCUGCAGAGAUUCGUUUGCAGGAGGUGCAAGCUCGUAUCGAGGCUUUGACCGAGUAUAUCGAAGACGGUUUCAAGCUCGAAGAGGAAUUGGUGCGUCUUAAAGAUCGGGAAAACUCGUUCGAUCUUGAUUAUGGCAUUGCCUCGGUGUCGGAUUCUUUCCUUAGUUCCCCGAUCUUCCUGAGGUUUCUGGUGAUUCGGUUGACCAAGAAUAACGCGAGUUGUUAG